UGGGGGCGAAUGGCGAGGCUUUGCGCUGUGGUGGACUCCCGCUACAUCCAAUGACCUGGGAGCUUGUAUUUGGACAGCAGCAGUCAGUGCGUAGUGCAGCGGCGAGCACACUGGAUGGGACAGGACCGCCGCUGUGCAUGAAAACACAGCCGAAUAGCUCUGCGAGACGCCGGGCCAUCCAACAGGCUCGCUUUGGUGGGAAUAAGGACAUAAAACGCUCUGAGCAUGCGAAUUUUAAGGUAACGAGUGGAUUUACGCACCUGGAGGAGACGAGAGCGGCGUGUGCGUGCGUGCGUUUGGAGAGGGCCAUGCAUUGACACUUCUUUGUAAGCAGCGUCGUGUGCCUAGAGCAAGCAUGGAGUGACCAAACCCCUUUUGUAGCGUGGAUGAUUUGAUGGGGUUGCUCCGAGUCAUGAUGCCGCCGAAGUUGCAGCUGCUGGCGCUACUGGCGUUCGCAAUAGCCAUGUUCUUCUUGGAGAACCAGAUCCAAAAGCUGGAAGAGUCCCGAGGAAAGCUAGAGCGCGCCAUGGCGAGACACGAGGUACGUGAGCUGGAGCAGAGGCAGAGCCAGGACUGGGGCGUGAGGGAGCAGAGCUGGACCCAGGACUCGGACGAGGACUUGGUCAUUGUCUACAACCGAGUCCCAAAGACGGCCAGCACCUCCUUCACCAACAUCGCCUACGACCUGUGCGGCAAGAACCACUACCACGUACUGCACAUCAACACCUCCAAGAACAACCCCGUCAUGUCUAUACAGGACCAGACGCGGUUUGUGAGGAAUGUGACCGAGUGGAGAGAGAUGAAACCAGCCUUCUACCACGGCCAUGUGUCCUUCAUCGACUUCACCAAAUUUGGGGUCAAGAGAAAACCCAUCUACAUCAACGUGAUCCGGGACCCCAUAGAACGCCUGGUGUCGUACUACUACUUCCUGCGUUUCGGUGAUGACUACAGACCCGGGCUGAGGCGGAGGAAGCAAGGAGACAAAAAGACUUUUGAUGAGUGUGUAUCGGCUGGAGGAUCGGAUUGUGCUCCAGAGAAACUAUGGCUCCAGAUUCCAUUUUUUUGUGGACAUUAUUCCGAAUGCUGGAACGUGGGCAGUGCGUGGGCUCUGGAGCAGGCCAAAGCGACCCUGGUGAACGAGUACCUGCUGGUGGGAGUCACAGAGGAACUGGAGGACUUCGUGAUGAUGCUGGAAGCUGCUCUGCCACGCUUCUUCAGAGGAGCCACAGACCUCUACAGGACAGGUAAAAAGUCCCACUUGAGGAAGACCACGGAAAAGAAGCCGCCCACUAAAGAGUCCGUGGCCAAACUCCAGCAGUCUUCAGUCUGGAAAAUGGAAAACGACUUUUACGAAUUCGCUUUGGAGCAGUUUCAGUUUGUCCGGGCCCACGCCGUGCGAGAGAAAGACGGGGAACUCUACCUUUUAGCCCAAAACUACUUCUACGAAAAAAUCUACCCCAAAAACAGAGACAAGAAAUGAACUGAACUGAUACAUAAGUUGUUUUGGAAUUUGUAACACUGACUUUGAAGCAUAAGGAACAUAUUUGACCUGACAAGAGUUGACAUUUCUUGCUGGGGAGAAAAACAGAUCAGAGAUUGGAGAUGCCUCGUGUCAUGUGACCUUGCUGCAGAGAAGAGGAUUUGUUUCCCCAUUGGCUCUGUACUGUUGUUUAAGUUGUGUUUUGAAUUGUUUUAAAUGUAAAAAAUAUGCCUCAUGAUGAUGGUAGUUAUGGAGAUUUAAAUUGGCUGUAUGAUGGGACAGUACACAGAGGUUAGAGUGGCAUCUAGUGGCAAAGGUGCAAAUUGCUUAUCCAUGUUCCUCAUUUUUUAUUUUAAAGUUAAAUCAGAGGGUAAUGAAAAUACUCGCUCAAAAUGGCUACAUGCUUCCAUAAAUCUAGGUUCAAUCAACAAAUAAACAGUUCCUCCAAAUAAUAAACAAAUUUAAAGAUGCACUAUGCACCUUUUCUGGUAAGGUUCCAUUACCUGUUUGUCUCCAAUGAAAUGUUAUUGCUUUGCCUGGAAUGUUCCACAGUACGGCAUUAAACGUAUUAAUCUUGCCAUCUUUCCAUUUUCUUUCACUUUAUCGGGGGCCAGGUCACAGAGGUAGCAGUCUGAGUAGGGAAGUCCAGAAUUCCCUUUCCACAAACACACACAAACACACUUCCUCCAGUUCUUUCGGGGGAAACCCAAGGGCAUCCCAGGCCAGCUGAGAGACAUAGUUCCUCCAGUGUGUCUUGGGUCUUCCCUCAGUGGUGCUCAGAACACCUCCCCAGAACACCUCAGUUGGCUUGUUCCAAUUUUGUAUUUAUUCAAUUGCAGCCGUUUUUAUUUGUCAAAAAUAACUUGUAACACAUACAUUCUUGUUGUGAUCGGUGUUGUCUCUCCACACAUCUGGCCUGUAAUUUGGCGUAGCGGUACUACCUGUUUUCUCCAUGAACUUUAAUGCAAUACUGUGGAACAUUACUAGCAAAGCAUUUCCAUGGAGUCAAGCAGGUAGAAGAUCCUCCAUCAGAAGUUACAUAUCGCACCUUAUUAUUCAGCAUCAAAACUUGUUGCAAUACAAAACACACACAUGAUCUUGUAUAUUUCACCCAAUUUGGUCACUGUUUUAUCCAGUGUAAAGAAUAAUGCCAUCUUAACAGUUUGUUUCAUAGCAUUUCAUCACUAAUUAUUAGUUGAAUUCUAGUUUAUCUAUUAGUUUUAAUUGAAAUUCAAAUUUGCAUAUUACCAAAACAACAAUCUUUCAAUAUGUUCUGGCAGACAGUAUAUCUCCCACCUUUAUUCACUGGAAAAAGCUGAAGAAGCCCAUUUAAAAUAUAUUUAUUUAUUAACCUUACUUGUUUAUCACGUAACUGUCCCCUGCAGAGGUGGGUAGUACUCAGUUACAUUUACUUGCCCUGUUACUUUUCAGAGUACUUUUCCAGCAGCAUAUUUUUACUCUUACUUGAGUAAAAUUUUCCUUUCCCCUUCCCACUGUGAGUAAGUCUACAAGAGACAAAAGCUUUAUGUCGACAAUAUGAAAUGAUUUGGACAUUUGUGUCUCUUGCUCCGCUCAUUCAGAUAUGAUUUAGUUUGUCUCAUUUUUCUAUCCUUUGAAAAUACCAGAUUUUGUGCAUUAUUUAAUAAUUUGUCCUUCCAAUUACAUUCACUUAAAAUUAUAAAUGAGAUGUUACGCCCCAACAGUUACUCUACUUUAAGUUACUCUUACGUGAAUAAUAGUUUUCCCAAAUACUUUUCAACUCUUACUUAAUUAAUUUCUUGGACCACUACUUUGUACUUCUACUUGAGUAAUAUUAUUUUGAAGUAACAUUACUCUCACUUGAGUAAAAUGUUUGGCGACUCUUCCCUCCUCUGCUGGUCUGUUCCUGUACUGCAGGCCGUGCCUCUGACCACAGCAGCCACUUGAAUGACUUUUCUAAAACUGAAUGUUGUGAGGACUGUACAUUUUCUACUGAGCCGGGCGUCUUUGAGUCUUGUACAUUUGAUUUGAAAAGGGAGCGAGCUUUCUGUGUUGAUGCUGCUGCUGUAAAUAUGGAAAUAGUUUACAGUUGAUUCUUGAUUUAGUAUUGUGUAAAAUUAACCUAUUUAUACCGUCAAAUAAGUAGCCUCUGUUAGUGGGUUUGGUCAUUCAGUGCUACUUCUCAUUUGCUGUUUUAUUUUGUCAGGUUUCGUCACUGCUUCCAGGUCCAAGCGCU